AUGGCAGAGAGGAAUCAAGAGGCUUACCCUUUCGCACCAUACGCUAAUGGGCAAGCCAUGGCCAGAAGCGAUGCAGAAUCUUCGAGAGCUCACUCCGAUGGUGAGCUACGCAGAAAGAAGCGCAUCAAAUGUCUAAUCUACAUCGCGGUUUUCGCUGUGUUCCAGAUCAUAGUCAUAACUGUUUUCGUACUCACUGCCAUGCGUGUCAAGAGCCCCAAGUUCCGUAUCCAAGCCAUCACGGUUGAGGAACUCAACACCACGGGCAAUCCCUCGCUUACUAUGAGGUUCAUUGCUGAAGUUUCGGUCAAGAACCCUAAUUUCGGGCGGUACAAGUAUGAUCAGACCUCCAUUAGCUUUAUUUAUAAGGGCACCCAAGUUGGGGAUGCUGUUGUUCCUCAGUAA